AUGCUGGCUACCAUCGCUAAGACAAAACAUAUACGGAAGACCAAAUCGGACUCCAAGAAACAAGAACAUUUGAAGGCACAGCUCAAUGCCCAGGUCCGACUUGAAGCAUACAAGAAAGAACAGAGCGCAGAGGUUCCUAGGAGUAUUUCAUUCGACAAAAGGUCGCAAUCGGCACUCCUGAUAACAGACUUGAAGGAACCUUUGAAGUUGCAGACCGACUUUCCCAUUCCAGAACUCAAGGAUCAUGAUGUCUUGGUAAACAACAAGGCCAUAGGACUCAAUCCUAUCGAUUGGAAGGGCAAGAAGUACGGAUUUGGUAUCUACCAUUUCCCAUGGAUCAACGGAAGAGAGAGCAGUGGAACUGUAGUGCAAACCGGAAGAAGUGUUGAUGAAGCCGACUUCAAAGUAGGAGACAAGGUCAUCGUCAGUAGUACCAGCUACAGAGACAACAGAACCUCUACUUUUCAACAGUAUACAGCCAUCGAUUCUCGCUUGGUGUGGAAGUUGCCAGACUCGUUUUCGUUUGAAGACGGAGCUACAAUUGGAGUUGGACUUGUCACUGCCGGAGUCAUUUUCUACAACAGCUUUGGUUUCGAGCUCACCCAAGAUAUCGUUCCACAGGAGGGAACAUUACUCCUUUGGGGAGGGGCCACUGUAGUCGGAAUUUACGUUACCCAGUUGGCCAAAUUGCAUGGGCUCAAUGUCAUUUCCAUAGCCAGUUUGGAUCAUGAAGCCUACUUGAGAGAAAAUGGUGCAGAUGUAGUCAUCGAUAGAUACUUGCCUAGAGAAGAGAUCUUGAGACAGGCUGAACAGUACUCGCCAUUUGGAAUACAGUACGGAGUCGAUUGCGUUUCAAAGGAAACAGCUGCCUCCGUUCUCGACAUCCUCGACCAUUUGUCUGGAAACUUGGAGUACCAGCCCAUUUUCUCUGGCAUUGUAGGAACUCCUAAACAGACACCAGAAUCUGUGGAUGUCAGAGAAGUCGUCAUCAAGAGAUUCCAUGAAGACAUUGCUUUCGGCAAAGACUUUGUCGACACUACAACUCACUUCUUUCACGACGAGAGAAUCAAGCCUGUUAGACACAGACGCUACGAGGGUGGACUCCACAUCAUCGAUGAUGCCUUGAGGGAUCUCGAGCUGUUGGGAGCAAAAGGUGAAAAGUACGUAGUCACUAUUUAG